UGUUCUGCGUCCAGUGUGGCUCGUUAUCUGCACAACCGGCAAUAUCCUCAACAUCAUUCUCCUGAGAAAAAUCUGCACAUACCAGGCCACAUUUCUGAUGGCAAUGGCUGUUUUCGAUAUGAUAUUCAUGUGGUCCUUUGCCUCGUAUUACGUGAGGGAUCAAAUUGGAGCCGACAGUAUCCACAACCCAUGCAUUUGGGCAUUUCUGUACACGUGUGAGUUUUUCGGCAAUGUUGCUGUGCAAUGCUCCGACUGGGUUCUUCUGGCGUUCAGCGUCACACGUCUGCUGAGCAUGCUCGAUCCCUUCGGAGUGGCGACUCGUUUUACGCAAUGCCGAAUGCGGAUUCUGGUUUUGUGUCUAAUCCCGCUGGCGGCCGCUAGUCACAUGUACGCCAUGGUGGAAUACGCCACUCUCCAAAACCAAAUGGCCAACAACAACACGUGGCUAGAAAACUGGAGCCACAUCCAAAAUGCUGACGCGAGGCUAGUCGCGCCGUUAUCAACAUUAAUCGCUCUGCCGCUGAUUAACGCCGCUGUGGUCGGAAUCCUCAUCAAGCGGCGCAUGCUGCACACCUCCGCAGCGGGGCAAUGUGUGGGCGUGAGCAAUUCCCGCAAAUGGGUGCUGCACAUCGAGAAGAAGAAGGGCUGCGUGACGGUGCGCUCGCAUGGGCGCGACCAGUGCACGGCCACCACCGUGCAUUUGCUGACGGCCUCCGUUGUCAUGUUCCUCAUUUCCCGAAUUCCCUUAGUGGCGUGGUACGGUUUUAUGCACGCGGAAGCCAGCUGCACGAUGCAUCUGACGGAUGAGCAGAGUGUCAUCUUCCUGACGUUCUUCUCCCAACUCCUCUAUGCAAACUAUUCCGUGAACUUUCUGGUGUAUUGCGGCGUCAGCCGCAAGUUCUUCGCUCGAGCGAUGCGGGUGAUACGCCGCUGCCGGCAGCCAUCUGGUUCGCGUACACAUUCCCAAGACUGCAAGUCAAAGAAUACGGAUAUGACCUUAGCUGCAGCGAUCAUUAGUGCGGAGUUGGCAAGGGCGUUGAAGACGCAGACGCGGCGGGAAUCGGAAGAGCCGAUCUGGCAUCUAUGACCAGUCACGUUGACAGAGUGAUUACUCGUCUCCUGUGAGAGGAAUGCGGCUUGGUCGAUCCUAUUGAACAACCGAGACAGAAGCGAGUAAAGGAAUCAGUCUCGGACUGGAGCUUGAAUUAAGUAACGAGCGCGUUCAACAUUCCGGAUUAAACUACCAACUUAGUGACUAAUGGAUGAAGUUACAAAUUAGAAAAGUUACCGAACGAAGAAUAGCUACAGUGCCAACAACGCAUGAAGCUAAUCCAUAAAUCCGCACCAUGAGCGGACAGCAGAUGACCCACGAUGGUUGAGCUUCCCGCGUCCUGAGGAAAAUUCUGAU